GUAUAAACAUGGCAGGCAUUUUCGAGGCGCCGCGUAACGCGGACACUCUCUUUCUAGGAGGCCAGAAAAUCACUGGUGCCGAUGUUCGAGACCAGUGCGUCCUUGCGACCCAAGCGAUUGCAAAUGUAGUCAAGAGCUCUUUCGGCCCCUCAGGCCUGGACAAGAUGAUGGUCGACGAGAUCGGUGAUGUCACGGUUACAAACGAUGGCGCCACUAUUUUGAGCCUGUUGGAUAUCGAGCAUCCUGCUGGCAAAAUUCUUGUGGAUCUAGCCCAACAACAGGAUAGGGAGGUCGGUGACGGUACCACUUCCGUCGUCCUCAUUGCCGCAGAACUCCUCCGACGAGGAAACGAAUUGAUGAAGAAUCGCAUUCACCCCACAACUAUCAUCAACGGAUACAGACUAGCGCUUCGGGAGGCUGUGAAAUAUAUGAAUGAGAACAUCGCCACGAAGGUUGACCAUUUGGGCAAGGACAGCUUGGUUAACAUUGCCAAAACGUCCAUGUCUAGCAAGAUCAUCGGGGCUGAUGCCGACUUCUUUGCGAACUUGUGCGUCGAUGCAAUGCUGCUGGUCAAGACCACAAACCAGAAGAACGAAGUCAAAUACCCCGUCAAGGCAGUCAAUCUGCUUAAGGCCCAUGGGAAGAGUGGAACAGAGUCAGUCCUUGUUAACGGCUAUGCUCUCAACUGCACCGUUGCCUCCCAAGCCAUGAAGACUAGGAUAACAGACGCGAAGAUAGCCUGCCUUGACAUGAACCUGCAGAAGGAGAGAAUGAAGCUCGGCGUUCAAAUCACAGUUGACGAUCCUGACCAGCUGGAAAAGAUCCGUGAAAGGGAAUCCGGCAUUGUUAUUGAACGUGUGGAGAAGAUUCUCAAGUCUGGAGCCAACGUUAUCCUCACUACCAAGGGCAUUGAUGACAUGGUUCUCAAGCUCUUCGUUGAGAAGGGUGCCAUGGCUGUCCGGAGAUGCAAGAAGGAAGACUUAAGACGUAUCGCGAAGGCUACUGGAGCUACGUUGGUGAGCACGCUCUCCGAUCUGAACGGCGAUGAGAAAUUUGAGGCCUCCUACCUGGGUCACGCAGAUGAGGUUGUUCAGGAGCGGAUAUCCGACGACGAAUGCAUCCUCGUCAAGGGUACCAAGGUUCACACUUCAGCGUCCAUCAUCCUGCGAGGCCCCAAUGAUUUCAGCUUAGAUGAAAUGGAGCGUUCAGUCCACGACUCCCUCUGCGCCGUUAAGCGAACAUUGGAAAGCGGUAGCAUUGUUCCCGGAGGCGGUGCUGUCGAGACAGCUCUUCACAUGUACCUUGAAGAGUUCGCCGUCACAGUGGGCUCCCGCGAGCAAUUGGCUAUUGGCGAAUUUGCUCAAUCCCUCCUUAUCGUUCCCAAGACUCUAGCCGUCAACGCAGCGAAAGACUCUUCCGAGCUUGUCGCACAACUCCGCAAGAGACACGCCUUGUCUCAGCGCGUCCAGGAAGGCGAAGCUAAUGAGAAAGAGAAGGCCGUCGCUAAGAAGAAGGAAUACCGAAACUAUGGUCUUGACUUGACAAAGGGCCGUGUCCACGACUGCCUCAAGGCUGGUGUCUUGGAGCCUAGCAUGGGUAAGCUCAAGCAGCUUAAGAGUGCGGUUGAGGCUUGCAUUGCCAUCAUGCGCAUUGACACUAUGAUCAAGCUGGACCCCGAACGCAAGGAAGAUGAUGGACAUGGCCACGACCACUAAAGUAAUAUUUUCUCUUGGACGUGAGAUCUUCCUAUCUCUGCAUGUACGGAUUUAGAUAAAAGUAUAAUAGGAUCUAGUACCAGCAUACAACCAUCUCGACGUUCAAUGCCUGUAG